AUGCCUCGCCUGGUGGUGUCUUCCAUGGCGGCCGCGGCCAUGCUGGCGGCCGGGGCAGCCUUCGUUGCGGCGCCCGCAAGAGCACCGGUGGUGCCGAACAAGCCGACCCCAUCGGGAAUGCCGGGAUCUGCAUCAGAACCUGCCGGAUGGGGCUUGGCAGCGGCAGGCCUGGCGCUUGGUGCACAUGUGGGCUUGGCAGCAGCCUGGCGUGCAAGAUCUUCCACAGCAGCUCGAGCAGAGAAAGAGGGCGGCAAGUACGUCGAGACGGUCGCCGACCAGAGGCUGUUCGAGCAGGUCUACCUGCAGUACACGUCGGAGUACCUAAAGGGCCCGCUCUACUGGCACCCUGACAAGGCGCAGGGCUGGCUGCCGGACUACCCUGGCACGCCCAUGAUCAAGGAGGGCAAGUACACCUCCCACGUCAUCGGAAACCUGAAGGCCUUCAGCUCCAACGAGCUCGCCUUUCUGUCCAUGCUGUUCUUUGGGGUCGGCCUCUAUGGCAACCUCCAGUUCAACUUCUACGAUCCGCAGUGGGCAAAGGUAGACGCGGGUGGCUUCUUCAAUGUCUCCUACAUUGUGGAGUCCUUCUUGCUCCCAAUAUCCUUCUUUAUGCACAUUGCAUGCUACAUUCAGAGGCAGAACGGCAAGUGA